UAUGAGAGAUAUUCAGGAGUGUAACAGUAGUUUAGAGAGAGAGAGAUUAGAUGUCAAAUAUAAAUCACAACAACCCUCAAUUUAAUCAAGGAUCAUCUUCCAUAUUCACUUAUGCACCUUUUAAUUCAUCAAAUGAAAUCCUAGAUCAUGGAUUCCAUGAAGACCAAAUGGAAGCACAAAGAGAAAGAAGAGAAUCAAACCAAGAUCCGAUGCCUCCGCCACGGCCACGACCACUGCCACCACCCUCAUCGAAUAAUGUUGAGGCUGGUGUGGUGGUCAGUUAUCGCGAAUGCCAAAAGAACCAUGCUACCAGCAUGGGUCUCUAUGUUGUAGAUGGGUGUGGGGAAUUCAUGGCCAAUGGAGAAGAGGGCACACCAGAAGGUAUGAUAUGCGCUGCCUGCGAAUGCCACAGGAGUUUCCACCGUCGAGAAAUGGACAGCGAGUCGCAUUUCAACACACGGAUGCCUGCUAUACACAACCCACCUCUUGCUGUUGCAACAGGACAGCCAUUAAAGAAGAGAUUCCGAACAAAAUUCACAGAAGGGCAAAAGCAAAAAAUGCAUGAUUUUGCAGAAAAACUAGGGUGGAUGAUUCAAAACCAAGAUGAACAAGAAAUUCUACAAUUCUGCAAUGAAGUUGGAGUCAGUAAGAAAGUGUUCAAAGUAUGGAUGCAUAACUGUAAACAAGCUUUCAGGAAGAAACAAGAUCCGCAAGAUUGAAUUAAGCUCAACUAAAAUCAAGAAUUCAAGAAAACUAUAUUAUGUUUGUGCUAUUUCAACUAAAAUCUUUUUCAUGACCCCAAUAAUGGGCAUAGAGUUUAAGUGUGCAGGUUGGUGAAUGGAGAUAGUAUAUUAUAUAGUAUCCAAGAUUUCAAUUAAGAUAAAUUACUAUAUUAUGUUUGUGCUAUUUCAACUCUAUUCCUAUGAAUAGAUCCCAUCUUUUGAUUAAAAUAUUUUGAGAAAGUACAAUAACUAUGAAUAAAAAUAUAUGCAUUUGAUAAUG